AUGUGGAGGCGGAAAUACUCGAGCAGUUCCGGAGGAACCCGGGGCAUUCUGAGUGGUAACGGUGGGGUGGACUAUGGCAGUGGGCGGGAUCAGCUCGGUUCGUUAGAAGGGCGUUGGCGGAAAUUACCGAAGAUGCCCGAAGCCGUCGGGACGGACCCGAGUACCUCACGCAAGAUGGCGGAGCUGGAGGAGGUGACUCUGGACGGGAAGCCUCUUCAGGCUCUGCGGGUGACCGACCUGAAGGCCGCAUUGGAGCAGCGAGGCCUAGCCAAAAGCGGGCAGAAGAGUGCCCUGGUCAAGCGGCUCAAAGGGGCUCUAAUGCUAGAAAAUUUACAGAAACAUUCAACACCCCAUGCUGCAUUCCAGCCAAAUUCACAGAUUGGGGAGGAAAUGAGCCAGAACAGUUUCAUAAAACAGUAUCUAGAAAAGCAGCAAGAGCUCCUCAGGCAGCGUCUGGAACGGGAAGCUCGAGAGGCUGCAGAACUUGAAGAAGCUUCAGCUGAGUCGGAGGACGAGAUCAUCCACCCCGAGGGAGUGGCUUCCCUGCUACCUCCUGAUUUUCAGAGCAGCCUGGAGAGACCAGAGCUGGAGCUCAGCAGACAUUCGUCCAGAAAAAGCUCCUCUGAAAAAGACAAAGGUGAAUCUGAUGAUGAGAAACCAAGGAAAGGAGAAAGAAGAUCAUCCAGGGUCAGACAGGCAAGAGCAACUAAAUUCUCUGAGUACAGUCAGGCUACUGAGGAGGAAGAGGAUCAAGAAACACCUUCUAGAAAUCUGAGGAUCAGGCCAGAUCGAAAUUUAAAAAUGGAGGAGGAAGAGGAAGAGGAGGAGGAGGAGGAGGAGGAGGAGGAGGAAGACGAGGUACAGAAAUCUUCAGUUGCACCAAUCCUGAAACAGUUAGAGGAGGAAGAGAAAGAGAUACCCAGAGAAAAACCAGAAGAGGUGAUGGAUGAAAGACCUAAGACAUUAAGGUCCCAGGAACAGGAGGGGCGCAUUACAAGAUCCCAGGAAGAAGCAAGAAGAAGUCAUCUAGCCAAACAAGAGAUAGAGAGUCAAAUAGUUUCUCCUCUUCAAGAAGAAAAAAUAAAAUCUUCACAAAGCUUGGAGGAAAAAUUACAAUCUCCUUCCCCACCCCAACUUACUGAAGAUUUACAGAAGACCCCUACUGUGCUACCACCAGAGCAGUCAGUCAGUGAAGAAGAGACUCCCCCACCUUUACUUACCAAGGAAGCAUCAUCUCCACCAUCUCAUAUGCAGCUCCAGAGUGAAGAAGAAAUAGAGUUCAUAGAUGGCUCAGCACCCCCUGUCCUCAUUCAGUUAUCUCCUCCUAUUGCAGAUGCUGAAACCAAGGAGCUACUAAUGUCUCAGCCUACUGUGCAAGUGGUGGGAGGCCUAUCUUCUUUGUCAAGCCCUGCAGACACCAAAGAAGAAUCUCCAACAGAGAAAGUAUCAGAGGAAAAUGUCUUGUCUCUAGAUCAAAAGAGCAUGCUAGCUGAAUACUCAGCCCAGAAGGGUCUUGAAACUGAGUCAGAAAAAUCCACUCAGCCACUCCUUAAAAUGGAGGCAUUAGAACCUGCCAAAGGGAUCACCAAGGAACCUCUGAAACAGCAGUCUUUGGAACAGAAGGAAGGCAGAAGGGCUUCUCAUACUCUUUUCCCAAGCCACAGAUUGCAACAGUCAGCUGACUCAUCAUCUAGCCGGUCGUCUUCAUCUUCAUCUUCCAGUUCUAGAUCCAGAUCUCGCUCUCCCAACAAUUCAGCCUCUCGGUCUCACUCAUCUCCAAGAUCCAAACAAAAAGAUGUAUCCCAGGCAGGAGCUCAUACCACCCUUCAUGGUACACCCAAGAUGGGCUCCAGGUCAACAUCAGAUUCUAGGUCACGUUCCCGAUCUCGUUCCCAUUCCCAUUCCCGUUCCCGUUCCCGUUCAGCAUCAAGCAGCAGUAGAAAAUCUCUGAGCCCUGGAGUCUCUAGGGACAGCAAUACCAGCUACACUGAAACCAAAGAUCCUUCUUCUGGUCAGGAGAUUGUAGCUCCACCAGUGCCACAGCUGCAGGUCCUUGAGCAAAAAGAAAGAACCUCCGUCUCCUCUAUCCAGAUGAGUCAUCAGAGCCAGCCUCAGCCAGCCGAAAAGCAUGGCAUGCAGAGGUUACAGCCAGAACGGGAGAGCCCAAAGAAGUGUGAAGCUGAAGAGGCAGAGCCACCAGCUGCCACCCAGCCUCAGACCUCAGAGACUGUGACCUCUCAUCUGCCAGAGUCAAAAAAGGUUCAUCACACUGUUGAGGAGAAGGAGGAAGUAACCAUGGACACAAGUGAAAAUAGACCUGAAAAUGAGGUUCCAGAGCCGCCUAUGCCUAUUGCAGACCAAGCCAGCAAUGAUGAUCGCCCAGAAGGCAGUACUGAAGAUGAGGAGAAGAAAGAGAGCUUGAUGCCCAAAUCAUUCAAGAGGAAAAUCUCCGUUGUCUCAGCUACCAAGGGGGUGCCAACUGGAAACAGUGACACAGAGGGGGGCCAGCCUGGUCGAAAGAGACGUUGGGGAGCCAGCACAGCCACCACACAGAAGAAACCUUCCAUCAGUAUCACCACUGAAUCACUCAAGAGCCUCAUCCCCGACAUCAAACCCCUGGUGGGGCAGGAGGCUGUUGUGGAUCUUCAUGCUGAUGACUCCCGCAUCUCUGAGGAUGAAACAGAACGCAAUGGUGAUGACGGGACCCAUGACAAGGGACUGAAAAUAUGCCGGACAGUCACUCAGAUCGUGCCUGCAGAGGGCCAGGAGAAUGGGCAAAGGGAAGAGGAAGAAGAAGAGAAGGAGCCAGAAGCAGAACUCCCUGUACCUCCCCAGGUCUCGGUAGAAGUGGCCUUGCCCCCACCUGUGGAACAUGAAGUAAAGAAAGUGACUUUAGGGGAUACCUUAACUCGGAGGUCCAUUAGCCAGCAGAAGUCUGGAGUUUCCAUUACAAUUGAUGACCCAGUCCGAACUGCCCAGGUGCCCUCCCCACCCCGAGGCAAGAUCAGUAACAUUGUUCAUAUCUCCAAUUUGGUUCGGCCCUUCACUUUAGGCCAACUGAAGGAGUUACUGGGGCGUACAGGAACCUUGGUGGAAGAGGCCUUUUGGAUUGACAAGAUCAAAUCUCACUGCUUUGUAACGUACUCAACAGUAGAGGAAGCGGUUGCCACCCGCACAGCUCUGCAUGGAGUAAAAUGGCCCCAGUCCAAUCCCAAAUUCCUUUGUGCCGACUACGCAGAACAAGAUGAGCUGGACUAUCACCGUGGCCUGUUAGUGGACCGUCCCUCUGAAACUAAGACAGAGGAGCAGGGGAUACCAAGACCCCUGCACCCUCCUCCGCCACCCCCAGCCCAGCCACCAUCCCACCCCCGGGCAGAGCAAAGGGAGCAGGAGCGGGCUGUGCGAGAGCAGUGGGCAGAGCGGGAACGGGAAAUGGAGCGGCGGGAGCGAACUCGGUCAGAGCGGGAAUGGGAUCGGGACAAAGUUCGAGAAGGGCCUCGCUCUAGAUCACGGUCCCGUGACCGCCGCCGCAAAGAACGUGCAAAGUCGAAAGAGAAGAAGAGUGAGAAGAAAGAGAAAGCCCAGGAAGAGCCACCUGCCAAGUUGCUGGAUGACCUUUUCCGUAAGACUAAGGCAGCUCCCUGCAUCUAUUGGCUCCCACUGACCGACAGCCAGAUUGUUCAGAAGGAAGCUGAGAGAGCAGAACGAGCCAAGGAGCGGGAGAGGCGGCGAAAGGAACAAGAAGAAGAGGAACAGAAGGAGCGGGAGAAGGAAGCGGAACGGGAACGCAACCGACAGCUGGAACGGGAAAAACGUCGGGAGCACAGCCGCGAGAGGGAGAGGGACAGGGAGAGAGAGAGGGACAGGGAGCGUGACAGGGGGGACCGAGAUCGGGAUAGGGAAAGGGACCGUGAAAGAGGCAGGGAGCGGGAUCGCAGAGACACCAAACGCCACAGCAGAAGCCGGAGUCGGAGCACGCCUGUGCGAGACCGGGGUGGGCGCCGCUAGCUGGGAAACACUAGGAGAGCUGCAGGCACCUGCCAUUCUGCCCACGAUGGGGGGGAUUAAAGGCCACAGAGGGAUAGGUACUAUCACCACCACCCUGGAACCAAGGGUCUUUCACACCAUUGCUCAGUGCUGAACUAUAACUGCCACCUGUCCCCACAUACCAAAUGGAGCAGUGGCAAUCCCCCCCCCUUAACUUUUGGGACUUAGCCUUUCCUCAUUUCCCUUUAAGCCUGAGGGGAAGAGCCAGGUUAUGGAGGGAAGUGUUAGGACAGAAAUGGGGAGCAGCCAAGUACCCCAGAGCUUUUUUAUGUUCCCUCCAUCCUGCUUUCCACCUUCCUUGGGUACUCACAACCUCUUGGGAACAGCCGGGGCCAGGACUGGGUCACCUAUGAGCUGAAUCAGCAUCUCCUCCUGAGUCCCAGGGCGCCCCUGCAGUUCCCAACUUGUGUCCUGCAGCCUUUGCCUCUUGCCCACUGGUUCCACUUUAUAUCCACAUUUUCCUUUUGUUCAAUUUUUAUUUUUAUUUUUUUUAUUAUUAAAUGAUGUGGUCUAUGAAAAAAAUAAAAUCUGACUUAGUUUUAA